CGCUGGAAACCCGGCCUGAGGACCGGGGUCUGAAUUACAGACGACCUCUGAUUUUUCUCUCAAGAGGACGAGUCCGCAGGCGAUGCGUUUGCCACAGACAUGCUCGGCUGGCUGAGCGAGUCCAGAGGCUACAACGGACUGGGCGCCCCUGGAGCCUCCUGGAGGGGGCCGAGCUCUGAUGGGGGUGCCCCCGCCCCAGGAAGAGGGCCAGGCGGGGUGGGGAAGAAGGCGGGGCCUGAGGCUGUACGAGUCGGUGUCCCGGGGCUGGGACGGAAGUUGCACAAGUACAAUUAGUUUCAGUUUUGUUUCUCUUCCAGGCACCCUGCAGCAGCGGUGUCCAGGCCUCGGCACCCCACUCCUGGUUCUGGCUCCCAAGGUCAGCUCAGGCCAGCAUGGUGUCCCAGGGAUCCUCGCCGUCCCUUCUGGAGGCCUUGAGCAGCGACUUCCUGGCCUGUAAAAUCUGCCUAGAGCAGCUGCGGGCGCCCAAAACCUUGCCCUGCCUGCACACCUACUGCCAGGACUGCCUAGCCCAGCUGGCCGAGGGCGGCCACCUCCGAUGCCCCGAGUGCCGUGAGACCGUGCCCGUGCCACCAGCAGGUGUGGCAGCUUUCAAGACCAACUUCUUUGUCAACGGGCUCCUGGAUUUGGUGAAGGCCCGGGCUGGUGGAGACCUACGUGCAGGAAAGCCAGCCUGUGCACUGUGCCCCCUGAUGGGGGGCGCCAGUGCCGGGGGGCCAGCCACAGCCCGGUGCCUAGACUGUGCCGAUGACUUGUGUCAGGCCUGUGCCGAUGGGCACCGCUGCACUCGGCAGACUCACACCCACCGAGUGGUGGACCUGGUGGGCUACCGGGCAGGGUGGUAUGAUGAGGAGGCCCGGGAGCGCCAGGCAGCCCAGUGUCCCCAGCACCCAGGGGAAGCCCUGCGCUUCCUGUGCCAGCCCUGUUCCCAGCUACUAUGCCGUGAGUGUCGCCUUGACCCCCACCUGGACCACCCCUGCCUGCCCUUGGCUGAAGCUGUGCGUGCCCGGAGACCAGGCCUUGAGGAGUUACUAGCGGGCGUGGACAAGAACCUGGCUGAGUUAGAGGCCGCCCGGAUGGUGGAAAAGGAAGCCUUAGCCCACCUGCGGGAGCAGGCGGCCAGGGUGGGGACACAGGUGGAGGAGGCUGCUGAGGGGGUCCUCCGGGCCCUUCUGGCCCAGAAGAAGGAGGUGCUGGGGCAGCUGCGGGCCCACGUGGAGGCUGCCGAGGAGGCUGCUCGGGAGAGGCUGGGGGAGCUGGAGGGCCGGGAGCAGGUGGCCAGGGCAGCGGCUGCCUUUGCCCGUCGGGUGCUCAGCCUGGGUCGUGAGGCCGAGAUACUCUCAUUGGAGGGGGCAAUUGCCCAGAGGCUCAGGCAGCUGCAGGAUUGUCCCUGGAUGCCUGGACAAGCUCCCUGUCUGUUGCCCCAGCUGGAGCUCCAUCCUGGGCUGCUGGACAAGAACUGCCACCUGCUGUGGCUCUCCUUUGAGAAUCAGAAGCCCCAGAAGAACAGUGGGAAAGAUGGAGCUGGUAGCCAGGGAGGUGAAGAAACCCAGAGCCCCAGAGAGGAUAGAGCCAAGACUGAGAGACACAGUGCAGUCCAUCCCCAGAGUAGGGAUGGAGCCCAGACCCCCAAGGAGGACCGAGCCCAAACACCCCAGGAAGAUGCAACCCAGACCCCAAAGGCAGAGAGAGCCCAGACCCCAAAAGAGGGCAGAUCCCAGAUGCCGCAAGAAGAUGGAGAAGCCCAGACUGCAGGGGGCGGCAGAUCCAACAAGAAGAGGAAGUUCAAAGGCAGGCUCAAGUCAAUUUCCCGGGAGCCCAGCCCUGCCCCUGGGCCAAACCUGGAGGGCUCCGGCCUCCUCCCCAGGCCCAUCUUUUCCUGCAGCUUUCCCACGCGGAUGCCUGGAGACAAGCGGUCUCCCCGAAUCACUGGGAUCUGUCCCUUUGGCCCCCGGGAGAUCCUGGUGGCGGAUGAGCAGAACAGGGCUCUGAAGCGCUUCUCCCUUAAUGGAGACUACAAAGGCGCCGUGCCUGUCCCAGAGGGCUGCUCCCCCUGCAGCGUGGCCGCCUUGCAGGGUGCGGUGGCCUUCUCAGCUGGGGCUCGGCUCUACCUCAUAAGUCCUGACGGUGAGGUGCAGUGGCGCCGGGCCCUGAGCCUCUCCCAGGCCAGCCAUGCUGUGGCUGCAAUGCCGAGUGGGGACCGGGUGGCUGUCAGCGUGUCGGGGCACGUGGAGGUGUACAACAUGGAAGGCAGCCUGGCCACCCGCUUUAUCCCUGGAGGCAAGGCCAACCGGGGCCUUCGGGCACUAGUGUUUCUCACCACCAGUCCCCAGGGCAAUUUUGUGGGGUCAGAUUGGCAGCAGAAUAGUGUGGUGGUCUGUGAUGGGCUGGGUCAGGUGAUAGGGGAGUACGGAGGACCAGGUUUGCAUGGCUGCCAGCCAGGCUCGGUGUCUGUGGAUAAGAAGGGCUAUAUUUUUUUGACCCUCCGUGAGGUCAACAAGGUGGUGAUCCUGGACCCGAAGGGGUCACUGCUAGGUGACUUCCUGACAGCUUAUCACGGCCUGGAAAAGCCCCGGGUGACCACCAUGGUGGACGGCAGGUACCUGGUCGUGUCCCUCAGUAACGGGACCAUCCACAUCUUUCGGGUCCGCUCUCCUGACAGUUAAAGGGCUGGGACUGGGGUGGAACUGGGUGGGAUUGGGGAGGGAGCGGGGCAGGAGGAGGGAGGCAGGGUUGCCAUGGGAUGUGGUAAACGAGGGCAUUUUCCCAGAGGGCAGGCGUUGGCAACUUUUCAGUGUGAUGUGCCACACUGCCAACCCCUUUUUGAGUGUGCAGAGAUAGGGACCAAGGGUUGUGGCAUGACCAUAGCUCUCAGAAGCAGAGGAGGAGGGCUGGCGGGGUGCUCGGAGUUACCACACCUCUUGCUUUUUGUGGGUGACUGCUCCCACCAUCGCCGACAUCCUCUCUGCUAUUGUUGGUAUAGUUUUAAGUUUCUGAGAUUUGUAAGCUUGUCCUAAUUUUUGUUCUUCGAAACCAUUCCUGGUGGAGGAGCCCAGCAGGAGCCUUGGGGAGGUGGGCAGAAGUCCUCUGAGCCCAGGAGGUCUCAGGGCGCGUCGGGCACAUGCCUCUGGAAGAGCUGAGAACUAGCUCUUCUCGGAUUGGAACAGGGACACACCAGGUCAGAAUAUGCGUGGGAUUUCGAAGUGGCAGUUAAUGGCAUCUUCCACCAGCCAUGGUCAUGAAUUAGAGGCUUCUCUGGUAAUGGAGUCCCCCAGUGCAGUAUGAGGUGGGCUUCAUGGGGGAUCAAGUACAGACGCCAGCAGAAGCCAAGAGGUGUUUACCUCAAGGUCCGUGAAGAGAAUGUGCUGCUAGAACACAGAACCUAGCAGGGUCCGAGUCUAACACACAGGGUUCUGAGUGAGAGGAGGGGAACCCCCAGGUGCCCCUGCCACCUCCGAUCCAAGACCUACGUAGGAUGUAAAAUCUCUCCUGUUUUGAUAUCUUUCUACUUCCUGGAGUCUACUUUUAGUUUCCCUCUUAGUUUUCCAGCAAAAUUCCUUUUGAGAAAUUUUGGCUGAACUGAGGGGUGAGGGAAUGUGUUCUUCAGUCGGCCACUACUGCUGGGAAAACAAUCUAACCCUAGAGGCCAGGUGUGGGAUUGGGGAGACAAAACAGCUGAAAACCCUGAGAAGUUGGUAGUGGGGCAGGGAUGGUGGAAGAGUAAAACUUGGAAGGAAGGAUCUAGUAGUUGGAGGUGAGCCACGACCACUGGUCCUUUGCAGAGGUCAGGGCAAAGGUGGAACUGAAGUAGACGUGUUUAGCCAGGGGCUGUCGAGAGAUGACCUAAGGGAACUGUAAUGUGGGAAUCAUGGACAAUGGAAUGUUCAUGGGAACCAGAGGAAUUUUGGACAAGUCCAGAUGGAAAGCGCAGGGCAUUUGGGUGGGGAAAAGAAAAUCCUUUUCUAGGGAGGUUAUUGCUUGUUUAUUGACAUGAUGGGGGAAAUCAUCAAUGUGAAGUACAAAUUCAAUUAUAUAAAAAAUUAAACUGUAUACAGGAAAGAAUAAUUUUAAAAACCAAUAAGAUGAGAAAACUGCAUAUGUAGAAUUGGUCUGAGUACAAGCUAGGCCUCCAUAUAUGCAGACCAAGAUAUCUUACUUGGUCAAAGGACCAAAGAGGCUGUGUGCCCAGGAGGAAAUGUGCAAAGGCCAGGACAGCUAAGCAAAAUGAUUUUAAAAUGUUAGCCACUUGCAUAUGUCAGAAAUACACUUUAAAAAUAUGUUGUGGAGAAAUAAGACUCCUGGCACUAUAAAAUGGUGCUUCCUGGAGAGAAUUUUAGCAAUACUUGACGAGUAAAAAAAGAUGACGAUAAGCCCCAGUUAACUCACUUUGGGGAAUACAUUCUGGGAAAAUAAUUCAAAAGAAAAAAAGUAUUUGCACAGAGGUAUUUGUGGCCACCCUGUAAAUUAUAAGUCUUGACUGGAAACUGCUCAGCUGUGGGGGGACAGCUAAGUAGAUUGUGGUCUGCUAGGGCAAUGAGCUACUGUCUUCAUGUAUGAUAACUAUGAAAACUAUUUACAAGAAUAUGUUAUGUGAUGCAAUCAUAAGCAAAAAAAAAAAAAAGAAUUUGGAUUAUGAUCACAUAAUGAUAGCAACAAGGUGAAAGUAUGUUUGAAUCAUUACCGAGUGGAAAUAGGUUCAAAAUAUGUAAAUAGUCUGAUUUAGGAGAUUGGGUUCUUUCUGAGUUAUUUCGUGCUGUUACUCAUAUAUGCACAUUUCUUCUUAGUUAUUAUUGUCCAUUAAGUAACAUGUAUGCUUGGAUGUUUACUCUUAAAAACGCACCUCUAUAAAUGAUAUUCAAGAAUAGCUACAGGAUUUGCAAAUGAAUAUGUCUCAGCACAAAUGAGACUGUUCUGUUAGAGGGGCAGGAGUCAGGGGGAGGGUACCAGCUGGCCAGGUGUGGCAGGGAGAAGGACCAUUAGGACAGGUGUCUAUCUGGUGACUGCAGAGGAACCCACCUUGGGAAGGUGUAUAGAGGUCAGUGGUCCCCGGUGGUGAUGGGAUCACUGUAGAGUGUUCAGAAGGCAGGGAAAGGUCUUGUUGAGUUCACCAACGAAUUCAGACCAACUGGAAACCAAACAGUUAUUCUAAGGAACCAGCUGGUAUAGGGUGAAUUGCGUUGGUGGGGAGGGUCUGUCUUUGCAGCUCUAUCUGCAGAGUUAGCAACAUGAUGGCUCAUAGUUGGUGCUGUGAGUUAAAUGUGUGUGAAAUGAAUUAAUAUCUGUGAAAAGGAAUGUGACAGUGAUAAGACUCCAGAGAUUUGCCAUCUUAAGUGCCAUAGCCCCAUCCAGCCAAGAUGUCCAAAACCUUGGCUUAUGGGAAAUCCCCAGCAGGGGGCCACUGUGGAUACAGCCCACCAUAUGCUUCCCGGGGGGUGGCUCAGCUCCCAGUCACAAAAGAGAUAAGAUUGGGAUGUCCUGCUUAUGUGUGUGGAAGGGGACCUGAGGGAUCAUAUACCUUCAGGUUGGAACAACAGCUCUGCAGAGCUGUACAGGAACCAUAUGCCGAGGACCUGGCUGGUAAAAUGGCUCCAGCCAAGUGGCUCACCCAGGAGACAUAGCAGGAACAGAAACCUUUAGAAAGGAAUUGUCACCUGACUGCAAGAGGAAAAUCCCACGGAAUGCCACAGACAUGCAGGAGCCUCAUGACCUUCCAGGAAGCUAGAAGCAUCUUGGAAAGCCAGGCAUUAGAAGAUUGACAGAAAGUAGGGGUGGGAAGGCACAGAACAUUGGCAAAAUAUGAAACAAAUGGGGAGUAUAACAUUGAGCCAAUUUAGAGUAAAAUCCCCAGCAUCUUAACUGUGACCAGGGAAUCCUAAUGAAACCCACAGAAAGCACCACUCAGCACUGAAAGUUCUUGGUUAAACUACAGAUGUUAAGAAAUCAGGAAGAUUGUGAAAGAUACACCCUGCAUUGGACUAUGACAGUUAACUUGGUCAAUCAUUCCUUUUCCUGUUUGGAACUUUCUAGGUUGUGCACACAUUGGUUCAGGUAGGGAGAAAGGGAGUAGGAAACCUCUUUCAUAUUCUUUGCACCUAAAAUGAAUGAGGAAGCAGAGACCUGGGCUGAGUGCUAGCUCUUCCACUUAAUAGCUGUGUUAUCUUGGUCUAGCUCCCUAACUUCUCUGAACCUCAGUUUCUAAAUCAGUAAAAUGGGGAUAAUAAUAUCCACCAUGCCCACCUCACAGGGUUGUGAGGACUGGGUGAGAAGUAGAAUUAUUUUGUGUUUUGUAUGCCAUAAAGCUCAAAUCGAGGUAUUGGUUGGAAAAAAGUUAAACUCGCUUGUACUAACCUAGUAUUCUUACGUCAGUGUGAGCUUGAAUGGGAUGUGAUGUGCACAUAUUGCGAGGUAAAAGCUCAAGAACAUCUGGGUAGAGCUAUUAACGGCUUCUCCUUUGGAGAAGACUAUUUUAUUUUGCAUUCCAGCAGUUGUUUGAAGAUGCCAUAUACUAUGACACAACCGUGACUAUAGGAGCAGAAGGGACCAAUGGCCAACUUGCUAAGAUGCAAUGAUAUUCCUAAAGGCCAGCUGAGAAUCAGACUGCUAAUAAAGGACCGAUAACCAUAGAUUUUUAGAGGUUCAAAACGAUGAGAGUGGCCAAAUCUUGAUAAUUUAGAGAAAAUAUAAUUUGGGAGAGAAUAGCUCUCCUUUCACUGUAGUCUUAUUAUUACUGUGUCUAUAAUGCCAUGCCAUAUAAUAAAUCUACAGAGACAGGAUUCCACAGGGGCAGAGCUCCAUGUGAGAAGUCAGAAAUCUUCCAAGGAAAUUGGUGAGGUUGGUGACCUGAGCCUGGGUAGGGUUCAAAGGUGGGUGUCAAGAUCAAGGUGCUCGACCAUCUCUCCUUGACAGAUCAACUGGGAACUAAAGUUAACCCAUUAAUUAAAUGGGAGACUGGACAGGGGCGCAGAAUUCUGUUUUGGGGAGAAUGCAGUCUUGUACUAGCUGUGGCAGAGAGGUGUCCGAGAUAGCACUCGGAAACAUUCCUAGCAAGAGAAAGACCAAGUUCCAGUGCAGGCUUAGGAAGAUUGGUAACUUUACCAGAGGUAGCAGAACCAUCCUACUCCACUGGUUCAUGAAUAUAGUUUACUUAAAUGAAUCAGGACAAGAGCAAAAAAGGAUCUUUGAGGGACCACAGACACCUUUGGUUGAAGGAGUGGAGAAGGUGCAGUAGGGUCAGGGUGGACCUCACUUGAAGCCCCACGUGAGGAAUCUUUAGGACCAAAUAGAGAAGGGCCUGUGUAUAAAGAGGCAAUCAGGAAGUAGGUUUGGGGAGGUUUUAGAAGGCAGCCUGACUUGUCUCAGGAGAAAGUAUGAACUGGUUGGCUUAGCAGCCAAGAGAGACAGGGUUGAAAAUGGAAUUGGGACCUUGGUAUCCAUGGUUUUAGCCCAGUAAAUUUCUUUUAGUUGAAAUGGGCUGAAAAAAUCUGUGGUAAACUCUUUAGUUCCUUCUAUUAUGUACUUUAUAUCUUCUGUUUCUCAAUAAAUUCUUUUUAAAAAUGUGAA